ACUAGAGAAUCUGUUUGUGAAAUGACCUUUAGGUCAGUAAAUUCAUGUACAACACCGCAACGGAAAUCGAUCAAUUAUUAUCGACCAUAAUUGUAGUUUUUUUCAAAGCCAUCGUAAUCUAUUUAUGUAUAUAUAGUAAGCUUAAUAAAUGCUCCUGUUUUCUCAACCAUAAAAAAACUGUUCUAAUGACAGAACUGAGAAAACUUGUUUUUAGAUCAAUAACAGUCAUUUGUAUUGGAUACAUAAUACGCUGUUUUCUGAAUAAAUCAACCGAUUCAUAUACUUAUCAUAUUUAUUCAUCCAUUGAGCUGAAUGACCAACUUAUUACAAAUAAAAAUUAUGGAAAGUUAGAAAAGAUUGAUUUAAUGAAUUACAGUGGUCCUGAAAGUUUAAUUUAUCAUGAUGGUUCAUUGUAUGCCACAGUGAUUCAAGGGAAAAUAUUAAAAAUAAAUGAUUCUGGGAUUUAUGUUCAUGCAACACUUGGUUCACCAAACUGCGUUGGUGUACAUGAAUGUGGUAGACCAUUAGGUUUAAAAUUGUUCAACAAUUCGGAGAAUUUCUUGGUCACGGAUGCCUAUUUAGGUGUAUUCUCUGUCUCGGUGAAAGAUGGUAGUGUGAAGAAAUUGUUCCCAUUAGAUGAAGAUUUCAAAGUUACAUUUUUUGAUGAUUCAGUAAUGUUACCGAACGGUAGUCUUGUUAUUACUGAAGCUAGUACAAAAAAUACUUUACAACAUUUAUGGACAACAAUUUUAGAAGGACUACCUAGUGGGAGGCUAACAAUGGCUGAUACAAAAACUGGUCAAUACAGUCACAUAAUGGAUGGUUUACGCUUUCCCAACGGAAUCGAAAUUUCUAGUGACGGAAAAUCCAUAUUACUCGUUGAAACAAUGAAACUUCGAAUUUUACGAAUUCCAUUAGAUGGAGGUGAAGUGACCGUGUUCAGUGAUGGGCUACCUGGUUUUCCGGAUAAUAUCAAAGCCAGUCCACGUGGUGGAUAUUGGGUCCCUGUAUCACCUCUUCGUGACGAGCCUCUAUCUGAACUUCUACUCAAUUAUCUACCAGCUUAUCCUUGUAUUCGUCAGUUGGCUUCCAGUAUUAUCUCCAUGCUUCCAUUCACACUAAUACCGAAAGGAAAAUCGUCAAUGUUAAUUCGUUUAGAUGAAAAUGGACAGAUAAUUGAAAUUUGGAAAGAUUUUCAAAAUGAAUUACCAAAUGCUUGUGAAGUACUAGAACAUGAUGAUACUCUAUACACUGGAAGCUUUUAUCUACCUUACAUUGGUCGUUUAAGAAGAUUGUCAAAUUAAUUUCUAUAAAAUUUGAAAAUCUUUAGUUCCAGAAGAUGAAUACUGUGUAAUUUGAUGUUGUUGUUGUUGUUGUUGUUGUUGUCGUUGUUAUUCAUUCAGCACAUUGAUGAUAAAUACUUUCCAUGUUUUGAUUUGACUUAUCUUUAAGACAUUCAUCAAUAUCUUGUUUUCUUAUGUUUUUUCGUUGUUGUUGUUGUUGUUGUCAUU